AUGGUCUCUGGUGCAGGUCCUUUUGGAACAGAGGACAUCUUCUCGCACAUCUUUGGUGGGAGCCCUUUUGGAGGAAUGUUUGGCAUGGGUGGGUCAAGUGGUCGGAGGCGCCGUCAACGAGGUGAAGACACAAUUCACCCUUUGAAGGUGUCAUUAGAAGAUUUAUACAAUGGUAAAACAGUGAAACUUGAAGUGGACCAUACUGUUAUUUGCAGGACCUGUGAAGGGGUAGGGGGCCGAACUGGCUCAGUGAUAACUUGCCAAGGCUGUAGAGGUCAAGGAUUCAAGGUGACAUUCAAGCACAUUGGUCCAAACAUGAUGCAGCAAAUGCAGUCCACUUGCCCAGACUGCCAUGGGGAUGGCGAGGUAAUCAACGAGAAAGAUGCGUGCAAGAGCUGCAAAGGCCGCAAGGUGGUAAAGGAGGUCAAGUACAUAGAAGUGAACAUUGACAAAGGAAUGAGAGACAAUGAGCGCAUAGUCUUCAGAGGUGAAGGUGACCAACUGCCAGGAAUGGAACCUGGAGACGUUGUCAUAGUGUUGCAGACCAAGCCGCAUGAAGUUUUCCAUCGAGAUGGUUGCAACCUCUACAUGACCCACACAGUGUCUUUGACAGAAGCGCUCUGUGGAUUUGAAAUGGUCUUGAAGCAUCUAGAUGGCCGGGACCUCGUCAUCAGGGAAGUACCAGGAAUGGUGAUCAAACCUCGAUCUAUAAAGGGUGUCCGAGGAGAAGGGAUGCCCAUUUAUCGGAAUCCUCUUGAGAAAGGAAACCUCUACAUAAAGUUUGAUGUAGAGUUUCCUGAGAAUCACUUCGCUGGUAGAGAAGCCCUUCAGGCAAUUGAGGUCUUCCUGGGUGAACAGCGGAGUGAUGACUUCGAGCAAUGGUCUGUUGGGGACUCUGUGGACGUAGUGGAUCUUCUCGAUUAUGAUCCCAGCAGCCAGAAUCGGCGCCAAGAGGCAUACCAUGAGGACGAGCAGCAGCCACGAGGCAGCGUGGAAUGUGCACACCAGUAGUUGCAGACCAGAAAGUUCAGCCCAGUAAGCAUGGACAGAGUAGCAGAGUGUCCUUUGAGAAAGUUCGAGGAAUGGGUGGGCUUAGGGAAGCUUUCUCGUGGAUGGUGGACUCUGCACUGGAAUCGGAGAGCAAGAUUCCCAGUUGCUUUGCUUCUGCUGUUCAUGUUGGCGGAGUAUAGCUUAUUCCACAUAGCUUUCUUGUUUUCUCGUUAGUGUUGAGCUUUUUUUUUUCUGUACUCUUGUAGCCAAUGUACGUGCAUUAAUUGAACACAUGCUGCUGGAGCCUGCUUCCUUUCUUGUAAGCCAGUAGCUGUACCAUGCUGACUUUCCAAAUUUCUGGGUUUCAUUUUCUGAUCUUUCCCAUGUAACUUUUCUUGAUUUCAAAUGUGCAGCAAGGUCUUGUCCAAAAAAUAAGACUUGAAGUAUGUUUCAUAUGUAUCUGGGAUAUGAAAAGUUUGAAUGCUGUCAGCCUCACGUGUGCGUUUCUUGUGAAAUAAUAAAAGACCUAAUAAAAAAUGCUCUGCCACAAAAAGGUUUACAACUGAAUGACUAGAAAGUACAGUGUCAGUUAUAGCUGUGUAUCUGUAGUUCACAUUUACAGUUAAACCUGGAAGAAAACACUUACUUUAAUGUUCAGUAGUGGAGUUUCUGCACGAAAGACUUCACUGCAGUUUUGCUUUGAGAAAUGCCGUUUUGUAAUGGUUGCUGGUACAUUAAAUCGUUCAUCUUCUAUGUUUUCUUGA